AUGGCUGAUGCAAAUUCAAUGUGUUAUACAUAUGGUCGAUCUAAAACUUUGAUCAAGCAACGUCUUCAUAAAUAUAAACUACAAUGUGAAGAAGCCCAAGAGGCUAUUCAUGAACAUAUGAAAAAAGCAUCACUCUUUAUUGAUAUGGAAUGUAUGAUCAAUAUCAUCAAUAAUUUAAUCAAAAGGAAUCAACAUCAAUUAGGACUUGAACUUGAAAGACGAAAAACAAUGCUUCGACUAGAUGCUGAAGAACAUCAACUCAUUGAAAACUUUUAUGAACUAAAGCCAAGACAAACGAAAGUAAGUACACUUAAAUCUUACCUAAAUUUUGAAAAACAACAUCGAAGUUUAGAUAAACUUAACAAAGAUUAUAUGAAAAGCUAUCAAUGAACAGCAAAACAUAAUCGAUGAAGUUGUUUUAUUUAAGAAAUGGCUAGAAGUUCAUGCACAAGAUUUAUCAUAUGGUCUUCAGGGCAAACAAUUACUGAAUAUCUACCAUGCAUUCAUGUCACUCAGCGUUUAAGAACAAGCAUCAUCAGUCAAACAUAUUGCUGAACAAACAAUUACUAAAGCCGAAGAAAUCGUACAAAAUUAUACCAAACUAGAUACCAUAAAAAAAAAAACUUCAAUCAACUAAAUCUCAUCAUAAAAAUCCACAAUCACUCGAACAAAUUACCUAUAUCAUCCUUCAACGAGAAAAUAAUAUGCACGAACAGCGUGCAUAUGCAUUACAAGGAAAACUUUCUAAAAUAUUCAAUCAUACACCAACUACACACAUAAACAUUCAAUUCAAUAUAUAAGCUAACUUACUCCUAUGAAAGCUCGGAUGUGGGUGUGUGGAUAUCAGUGUAUGUGUUUAUACAAAACAGGUUUCGAGCCACCCACACCGACAUCCACACCCUAGUAGCACCAAUCAGAACUUCAGCUUCACUAAUUUAAGGUUUUAAUAAUGGACUUACAUUACAAGAUAUCCGAACAAUCAAAUCAAUGACCAUAAUCACUGUAGAUAAACAAAGAAGAGUACACAGUGUAAUCAAUCUCAUACAAGAGAUAAAAUUACGAUAGUAUUAACUACACACAGAACCAGAUCCACAUAUUGAAUAGAGAUUACUGCAAGGGGUGAAUAUUGGAAUCGUGGAAUUCAGAGAAAUCAGAAGAAAUCCCAGGGAAUCUAUAUAUUUAAUGGUCAGUGUCUGUCUGUGUCGGAUUAAAGGUUAAAAACUAACGGUCAAUGGUUAAUGGUCAUAUAAUGCUUGAAGGGAAGGGAUCAAGAACCACAAUACUAAAGAUUCUCAUGGACUAUUAUAUGAAGGUACCCAUAGGUCCUGAUGGGUUAUGAUAUGGUGGUACCUAGAGGCCCUCAAGGGUUAUUAUAUGGAGGUAGUCAUAGGUAAUUAUGGACUAUUCUAUGAAGGUACCUAUUGGCCCUUAAAAACUAUUAUAUGAGGGGUACCUAUAGGUUCUCAAGGACUGUUAUAUGAGGGCACCCAUAGGCCCUGAAGGAUGUACGUUAAUAAACGGGCAAGGCUACAGGAAGUACAACGGAUAUAAAGGCUACUUGGACUAUAAAAAUAUGUGCGGUAUACGACUAUUAGGCUGUAAGAGUUUGUUCUGUAUACAUAAUAUCGCAUAUCUGUAUGUCUAUUAUCUGAUCAAAAAUUAAACAGCUGAAGUCAUUUAUUAAAGAAGAAAUGAACCGUGCAGUAUGCACGAGUUCUCGCUAGUCCUAUGUAGUCUUGAAAUCUUCAGUCCUUAAAUUGAUUACUUUGGGUGGGUGUGGGUGUGGGUGUGGGUGUGGGUACACACCUACACCCAC